AUGGAACAUGUGCCGGAACCCACAUCAACACCUCCCUCCGACAACGUAGUGACACGCAGCUAUCAACUAGAAAUGCUUGAAGCUAGCCUCAUUGAAAACAUCAUCGUUGCUCAAGAUACGGGAUCUGGCAAGACGCAUAUCGCAGUGCUCAGGAUAAAAACCGAGUGCGAGCGCCAGCCUCACAAGGUCUCAUGGUUUGUGGCCCCUACUGUCACUCUCUGCGAACAACAGCACGACGUUAUCUCCAAGGCCAUUGGGUUAGUGGGGUUGAUCCAUGGCGGUCUUGAACCAAAGCAAUGGACGGACCCAGAGCUCUGGAACACAGUUAUGAAGAACAAUCGUGUGAUCGUUUCCACCCCGCAAGUUCUCCUAGAUGCUCUCAGCCACGGAUACGUUAGCCUCGGUAAACAAAUCGCUCUUCUGGUCUUCGAUGAGGCACACCACGCCGUCGAUAAUCACCCUAUGAAUUGUAUCAUGAGGGACCAUUACUUCUCUCUCCCGGUGCGCCAACCUGCAAUGUCCUCCGGCCAUGGGCCUGUCAGGGAGGAAAGACCUAUGGUUUUAGGCCUUACUGCCAGCCCCAUGUUUGGUGGUGAUGACGUAGCUGAAGCUUUCAGAAAACUGGAGAUGAAUCUCGACAGCGUCAUUCGGAGGCCAAGGCGACACCUAGAAAACCUUGCUGAUUACGUUCAUCGGCCGACCUUUCGAUACGUCACGUACAGCCAGCACGAACAUUACUUCACGUGCCAUUUAGCUUCGCCAAAUCUGCAGGCCCUUAAAGGAGUUGUGGACGCGAUGGACAUUGAACAAGAUCCCUAUGUUCUCGGGCUCCGCGAGAAUCUUCGUAAACGACCUCAGGAACCUGAGCGGCAACGCUUGGACCAAAAGUUGUCCAAAGUCAUACAUAAGGAGGAUUCUUACACUCACAAAGGACUACGGAACCUCGAAAAGACGGCACAUGACAUCUGCUAUGAUCUAGGACCCUGGGCUUCUGAUUGGUUCGUUCAAGAGGUCGUAGAUCACGCCUUGCAAAGUGCCUCUCCAUACAGCGAAAUCAUCUCGGCUUGGCAGCACAAAGAGAAAGCCUAUCUCAUCGAGCACCUCAACAAGAUCAAGCUCUCCCUUGUGCCCCCUGACCCUGAAACCAUCGAUUUUCGCAUCUCUGACAAAGUGCAAGCGCUGCUUCGGACACUUGCGGAGGAGAAAGCUCGCUCCGAAAGCUCCAACGAACCAUAUAGUGGCCUCCUUUUUGUUACCCGCCGCGACGCUGUCCUUGCAUUGUCCGGCAUUUUGAAAUGCCACCCACGUACGCGGGAUGUUUUUAGGAUUGGUACCCUUGUUGGAACCUCCGAAAGCUCCUACCGAACUGCCCUUCUUGAUAUUACCCGGAAAAUGGUUUCGAAGUCACAAAGCGAUACUUUGACCGAAUUUCGGUCUGGUGACGUAAAUCUGGUGGUGGCGACCGCGGUUGCAGAAGAAGGCCUGGACAUUCAGGCCUGCGGAAACGUGAUCCGUUGGGACCUCCCGUCCAACAUGGCAAGUUGGGUUCAGAGCAGAGGUCGGGCGAGAAGGAAGCGCAGCUCCUUUGUGCUCAUGUUUGAGGCUGGGUUCGAUGAUAGCCGCGUUGGGGAGUUCGAGGCACAGGAGAGGGCAAUGGAAGAGAUGUAUAACAAGGAACGCGAAAAAAUUGGUGCGACAGCGCAUCAGCUUGGACUGGUAGUCGAUGGUGAAGACACCGACACCGUGUUCAGAGUGGAAUCGACAGGAGCGGUGCUCACUCUUUCAGCAGCCAUCAGUCAUUUGAAUCAUUUCUGUUCAAUCCUACCAGCUACUCGACAUGAGAAUUACCAACCUCUCUAUGACAUAGAUCCGCCGGACAUGCCUGAAGGCUGGCACUCCUUUGAACCGCGCCGCAGGGAUAUCUUACCUUGGCAGGGACCCUUCGGCUGCACUCUGACGCUACCGAAGGUCAUAGAUGCUAAACUCCGCGUUCACGUUGUCGAGCGGGUGCAUCUUUCAAAACGUUCAGCCUACCAGCACGCUGCAUUUCAGGCUUAUGUGGCUUUGUAUAGGGCCGGUCUCCUUAAUGAUCAUCUCCUCCCCUUGGUGUGCGUAAAGGAGCGCAUCUUAGAUGAAGAUGAACAGUUAUUGCGCGCCCUUAUUGACAAGCGUGCAGGUCUGGCUUCUGUCGCGAGGCAGCUCAAUCCCUGGCAGCCAACUGAAGUUCGGGAUACCUGGUGGUCAGCGGACAUAACUGUCCACGGCCUCCCUUCCCUCACAUUGUUCACGCAAGUAGAAGUGCCAACCCUCAACAACGACACUCGGCUUACCCUUUACCAUCCUAUAAAGGGGCCACUGAAAGUCACCAUUUCUCCGGCAAAACUGGUUGAACUCGCUGCGGAAGACGGGGAAAUGGCCCGCCAUUACACUAGAAGACUUUUUUGGACUCGGGUUGGCUCUCGGAUGACAUGGGAACACCUCGACUUCGCGUAUCUUUUCAUGUCCUUCGCUGACCCAAAUGCCGCUGUCUGGGAAGGACGUCGUGAAUGGUGCAAGAGUGAGAACGGAGAUGUUGACUCCGAGAGGGUUCUCUUAGUCAAUGCUGAGUUCUUCGGCAAGGUCUAUAAUUAUCCAACCGACAUUGCCUACGUCCGUGAAGGUCAACAUGGAAAGGCGUGUCGUUUCAUCGGAUGGCAGUUCGAAAAACUGUCACCUGAAGACGAAGAAGAAUUGCGCACUUCGCGAAAGUACUCGCGGAUCGAAGAUUUGCAAGUGACAUACCCACUCCUCAUCGCGGAACCCCUCCCUAACAAGAUCGACCUUCUACUCCAACGAUCUGUCGCAAAACCCGGAAAGCACACAAUCGUUAUACCCAAGUAUUGCUGCGUCGAACUCUGUUCGCCUGCAGAAUGUGAAUAUUCCUACAUGCUUCCCUCAAUCCUUCGUCACCUUACAGUCGUUAUGACCGUUGAGUCACUUCGGCGCACCUUGUUCGUGAAAACUCCUGGACUAGCCAGCAUACCUACCUCUCUCCUUAUUCCGGCAAUCACUGCUCCUGCUGCGGAUGAUCACAUAAAUUAUCAGAGGUUAGAGUCCCUUGGAGAUGCCGUCCUCAAGUUCGUUGUUGCCGUAAAUCUUAUGGCACAGUACCCACUGUGGCCGGAGGGCUAUCUCACCCAGCGUAAAGACCAAACUGUGAAUAAUGGACGCCUCGCCAAGGCAGCAACCAAAGUCGCACUUUACAAAUGGAUCAUCCGAACCAAGUUUACCCCCAGGAAAUACACACCCCUAUACCUCACGGAACCUAUAGAUGUCAGCCGCAUGGAGGUACCCCCAAGCGAGGAACCCGUUGCAGAGAGCGGAAAGCCCAAUAAUGAAACUGAACAAUUAUCUACGAAGAUGCUAGCUGACGUGGUCGAAUCUUUGAUCGGUGCCGCGUACCUUCAUGGAGGAUUUAACCUCGGCAUCGAGUGCGCUCGGCUGUUUCAACUUGGUUUGAGCCUCACCGGGCUUGAGGGCAACGUUGAAAAGAUCCUCGACCGCGUUGAACCUUCGGCCGAUCUCUCUGGUCAGCUCGUCCACGUAGAACGGAUGAUUGGGUAUACUUUCCAACGCAAACUUCUGCUAGUUGAGGCACUCACCCAUGCAAGCUACCACUUCGAUACCCAAACCGUGUCAUACGAGCGUAUGGAAUUCCUGGGUGACGCACUUCUCGACAUGUUCGUCAUUGACUAUUUGUACCACUUCCCCGGACGUGCGUUCACCCCUGGUCAAAUGCACAUUUUCAAGGCUGCGACGGUUAACACGUACUCUCUUGCCUAUCGUUGUCUGCAGCUCUCUGUCGAGGUGGACGCCAGCAUGCCUAUGCCGGAUGCGAGAGGUCGAAUCACUUUACAGCACAAGACAAACCGUGUCCAUCUGUACCAGUGUCUCCUGCAUUCUUCCACAGUCGUCCUGGAGGACCAAAAGUUGUCAUUCAGACGUUUUGAGAACUACAGCGCGGAGAUCGAGGAGGCGCUCAGUGUGGGCAAAGUCUUCCCGUGGGCCGCACUCACACGUUUGCAACCACCCAAAUUCCUCAGUGACAUGAUUGAAAGCAUUAUUGGUGCUGUAUACCUCGAUUCGGGUGGUAACAUCGAGACCGUUCGGACGCUACUUCGGACGCUGGGAAUUAUGGAUUGUCUAGAACGGGUCGUUAGGGAGAAGGUCGAUGUCCUGCAUCCCGUCUCGCGCCUUGGCAUUUGGGUUUCCCAACAACAUAAGCAGAUUAAUUACGAGUUCAAAAAUGAGAAGGGUAAUGUGGUCUGUACCAUUAAGGUCGAGGGCCUGGAAUCUGUCCAGGCAGAGGCGGAGAAGAGAGGACGUGCCAGCCAAGAAGAAGCUAGGUUUGCAGCGGCGGAGAAAGCGAUGUCAGAAUGGGGUGUUGGUGAUAUGUGGAGCAUAUCGAAGUUGUGA